CGGCCAAUCGCAUCGGUGGCGGUGUUAAAAAACCUUGGACAGCCGUAAUAUUGUUUAAGUGUGUUGUACAUACAUAUAAACUAGACAAAACGUACUGCGGACACCAUUUUGGUCCAGUGCUCUUCAGAUUUGACAGUCGAAAGCCGUAAGAGUCACUGCCAAUUAAUUAGUUAUCGACCAACAUGAUAAAAUUUGUGUUGCUGAUUGUGGCAUGCCAGAACAUGGUGCUGGCGUUACAAAAUCAUUGCUUUUGUCCUAUCGAGUAUGACCCAGUAUGCGGCACCAAUGGACGCACGUAUCUUAGUAAAUGCAUCCUCGACUGUGCUUUAUUGCGCGGCGCAGUAAAAAUAGAAAAGAAGGGGCCCUGUAGUCCGGCCCCAUGUACUUGCCCCGAAGAAUAUAAUCCAGUAUGUGGCAGCAACGGCGUUACCUACGGCAAUGACUGCUUACUAAACUGUGCUACAGCAGACGACGCAUCGUUGAGUAUCGCACGCGGUGGCUCCUGUGAACACACCGUCAUCGUCGUCGAUCAACCCGAUUGCAAAUGUCAAGAAGACUUCAACCCAGUGUGUGGAGCAGACGGUGUCACGUACACCAACGAAUGCCUGCUCAAGUGCGCAAAUGAAAAAUUAGCAAGGAAGGGCCCUUGCGAACCUCCAUGCGCCUGUCCCAACGAAGAUAAGCCAGUAUGUGGUAGCAACGGAUUCACCUACAGCAAUCCAUGCUGGCUGAACUGCGCCACAAAAGACGAUGCCAGUUUGAGAGUCGCCAGUGUCGGAACUUGUAAUUCAAAUGAGGAGUCCACCGGAUUACUUAUUGUGGAACAACCAGGUUGCAGAGCUUGCAAGAGUGACGCAGAGCCGGUAUGUGGGAAAGACCGUACCACUUAUGCGAAUGAAUGCGUCAUGGAAUGUGCUGGAGUGGAGCUUUUGAAAGAAGGUCCAUGCGAACCUCCGUGCGUCUGUCCCGCAGAUCUAUCACCUGUGUGUGGAAGCAACAAAGUGACCUACAGUAACGUGUGUUCGCUCAAUUGUGCAACGAUAGAUGACGCUACGUUAAGCGUCGCGCAUUCUGGUCCUUGUGAGGCUGACGUUGUUAACGUGGCGGAACAACCAGUUUGCAAGUGCCCGGGAUACUUUGAACCAAUGUGUGGUACUAACGGCGUGACGUAUCACAAUGAAUGCCGAAUGAAAUGUGCUGGACAGACAUUAGCGAAGGUAGGGCGGUGUGAGCCGCCCUGCACCUGCCCGAGCGAAGGUAAAGCAAUCUGUGGCAGCGACGGUAACACAUACAACAAUGUUUGUUUAUUGAACUGUGCUACUAAAGACGACCACACCCUUAAAGUGAAACAUCCGGGACCUUGCAAGAAUGCAGCUCCUGCUAUCGACGCAAGAAGUGCCUAAUUUCGUAAACCUUUUUUGUAUUUACAUUGUCAUUAAAAUAUUG